AUGCCUUUUGUGACGGAAACAGUGGGUGGAGGCUGGCAUACCUCCGACAUCUUCUCCCGCCUUUUGAAAGAACGCAUCAUCUGCCUCAAUGGCGAGGUGGAAGAAGUGCUCUCCGCCAGCAUCGUCGCCCAACUCCUCUUCCUCGAAGCCGAGAAUCCCUCCAAACCCAUCUCCCUCUACAUCAAUUCCCCCGGCGGCUCCGUCACCGCAGGUCUCGCCAUCUACGACACUAUGCAAUACAUUUCCGCGCCCGUCACGACCAUCUGUCUCGGGCAAGCGGCUUCCAUGGGCUCCUUACUCCUCUGUGGAGGCGCUGCAGGACAAAGAUUCUGUUUACCGCAUAGUAGGAUUAUGGUCCAUCAGGUCAGUGGUGGGUACUCGGGUCAAGCGACGGAUAUAGCGAUUCAUGCCAAGGAGAUUUUGAGGGUUCGAGGGCAGUUGGAUGAGAUUUAUCGGAGGCAUUUGGAGAAGGCGGGCAAGGUUAAGAGUUUGGAGGAGAUUGGUAAGGUCAUGGAGAGGGAUUUCUUCAUGAGUGCGGAUGAGGCGAGGGAGUGGGGGAUCGUGGAUAAGGUGUUGGAUCGGAGAGCUGGUGGGGAGGAGAAGUGA